AUGACGCAGGGGCGGAAGAAAAAUGAAAAAGUUCCAGGUUUGUGUCCCGCGGUGGUUCAGCCUCUGCAGCCCGUUAAAGAGGAGCAGACAGCGGAGGAGCAGAGCUACGGGGAGGUGAACCAGCUCGGCGGGAUGUUCGUGAACGGCCGGCCGCUGCCCAACCCGGUGCGCCUGCGGAUCGUGGAGCUGGCGCAGCUCGGCAUGCGGCCUUGCGACAUCAGCCGCCAGCUGCGCGUCUCACACGGCUGCGUGUCCAAAAUCCUAGCGCGCUACAACGACACCGGCUCCAUCCUGCCCGGAGCCAUCGGUGGCAGCAAGCCCCGGGUCACCACGCCCGCCGUGGUCAAGAGCAUCGGGGACUACAAGCAGGGCGACCCGGGCAUCUUCGCCUGGGAGAUCCGGGACCGGCUGCUGUCGGACGCGGUGUGUGACAAGUACAACGUGCCGUCCGUGAGCUCCAUCAGCCGGAUACUCAGGCACAAAAUCGGGACUUUUUCACAGCCGUAUGAGAGCAGCAAACCGGCCCCGGCUCAGCUGCAGUACGGAUACCCGUACUCCUACAGCGGGCCCGCAGUGAUCCCCACCGGGAACAGGACCGGCCCCGCUGGACACGUGGGCCUGCAGCGGAGCUGGCACAACAUCCUGGGCAUCCGAGCCUUCAUGGACCAGACAGUACUAUGUGGACCUGAUGGACACUCAGCCAAAAUGGAGGACUGGACCGGGCUGGAGAAAACCAUCAACGAGCCGGACCUCAAGUACCAACAGCAGUCAUCGUCCGGCCUGCCCGGCUGCGUCUCAGCUUGUGCCUAUUCUCCACCAAACCAGUACGGCGUGUACGGAGGUCCAGCAGCCAACUACAUGAGCACCGGACACCACUGGCAGCCCCAGUCAUCCAGUCUCACCCCCAGCACGCAGGCUCAUCCCGGCCCCCCACAAGAGGCUGCAGAUUUCCGUUCUGCAACAUCUUUCAAACUUCUACAAAGAGACGAGGACAGGAAACCUCAGAGUCCGCUGUACAAACAUCACAGAUUGUCUGCAGCCUCGGGACGACUCUGA